UCUGCUACUUAAAAAUAACGUCUAAGUGCCCUUCACCCCAUUUCUUAUAGUGCGAUUUCUCUUGGACAUUUCCAUUAGAAGAAAAGAGAGAAUGGAGAAGUUCACUGUAUUACAAGCAGCAGUUUUACUUUUCUUUGCUGUAUAUGUAACAGGUCAAUACUAUGGUGGCCAGAAGCAUGUUUUGGUGGACAACAAGUGCAAGUGUGUCAAGGUGACCUCUAGAUUCAUCCCAUCAAAAGACGACCCAAACAUAGAGAUUUUAGAAAGAAAUAUUGAAAUAACGAUUCCACUGAAGAGUAGAAUGAACAUUUCAGAUCCAACGUCUCCAUUGAGAACAAACUUUGUUUAUGAUCUUUCAAAACUUUGCAAAAAAUGUGACCCUGUGGAAAUCGAAAUUGGCGGUGAACCAGUUCUUGUUUCUCGGGAUAGCUGCAGUAAAUCUGAGGAGGAUGUGUGCUACACUCUUGAUAGAAACAAAUGCUACACAAGUGAAGUUCCUUUCAUGGUGGAUGGAAAAAAGAUAAUGAAGAAAGUACCUAUAAAUCCUGAAUCCUGUUAUGAAUAAAUAUAUACAUAUUUGAAAUAUUGUUAACAUUAGCCUCAGACAGGUAGCAAAACAAUGUGUACAGGUUAUAUUUUGUUUAUGCUUUUUCUAUUGCUCUUAUAUGCUUUAGAGUAUUGUACCUUUUUUAGCCUUGCCUUACUCACAUUACAGCUACCCAUAUUUUAUCUGCAUAUCAAUAAAGGAAUUGUGAUAAAGCA